AUGAAAUAUCCAAUUCAUGAUGACGACCCCUUAAUUAAAGAUGAAGCGGAACCACCCGAUACGGAAGAAGAAGAGUUCGUCAAAGAGGAGGUCGCUAUAGAACAAACCUUUUCGGCCAUCAAUUUUAUUAAAGAAGAAAAUAAGCAGUCUCUCGAAGACCCAUUGCCACUUGAACUCAAGGAACUACCUAAAGGUCUAGAAUACGCAUUUUUAGACGAACAUGUCUAUACGGAUCAUGCCGCCAUUCGAUACCUCUUCAAAAACCAAGAUGCCAAACCACGUUUGAUCCGGUGGAUUCUUCUCUUCCAAGAAUUCGACAUUGAAAUAAAAGAUAAACAAGGAGCCGAAAAUAUCGCCGCUGACCAUUUGUCAUGCUUAGAAGAUCCCGCUUUGGAGUCGACUCGAGAAGAGCUCAUCAAUGAAAAGUUCCCCACCGAAUCUUUGGAAAUGGUUGAAUACCAAGAAGAACCAUGGUACACCAACUAUGCUAACUACCUCGCUAGCGGCAUUUUAGUCAAAGGUAUGAAGAAGGACAUUGCUGCUUACGUCUUGAAAUGCCUUACUUGCACGAAGGUAAAGGAUGAACAUCAACGUCCUUUAGGUCUUCUAGAACAACCCGAGAUCCCUGUUUGGAAAUGGGAUAGCAUCAUUAUGGACUUUAUAACUAAGCUACCUCGCACACCUUCUGGUCAUGAUAGUAUUUGGGUGAUCAUUGACCGUUUGACUAAAUCAGCCCACUUUCUUCCUAUUCGCGAAGACUAUAAAGUGGAGAAACUUGCUCGAAUCUAUACCGAUGAGAUUAUAUGCCGUCAUGGCAUACCUUUUGACAUAAUCUCUGACUGA